GUGCCUGUAAAUCGGCGCGCGUCGCUCGCGUCUUAUUCAUUCUGUGCCAGGCAGCCGUCAGGACGCGUUACUCUCCGUUACUCUGCGUUACUCCGUUACUUCACCGUCUUCAGCGACACUUUAUUAUUAUUAUUCUUACAGCGAAUAAUAAAGACUGCAAAAAUCUACUUCUUGAGUCAUUUAAUGCACCGAGAGAUCCGACAUUUAUCAAAUCCUCCUGCGUCACUGACACCUCAGCUCAUUUUGGGCCCUUUAAAUCAGAUUUUUUUAUUUUAUUUACGCUUUUGUUUUUAUUUUAUUUUUGCAAAGCUGAAAAUGAAAACCAAAUUCAUCAACGGGGUUUCUUCUUCCCCCUCCAUGUCUCUGGGUCUGCUGGUGACCGAGAACGCCCUCCAGGUCCAGCCCGACACCGUGGAGGAGGAGGAGAGCUGCAAGGAGCAGCUCAUCCGCCCCGACGACCAGCCCGACUCGGACACCCGCGCCAAGGCUUACCUGUGGUGCAGGGAGUUCCUCCACGGAGCCUGGAAGAGCCUGUCCGAGGAGGACUUCCAGAUCACCGUCAUAAGGGGUGGUCUGAGCAACAAGCUCUUCCUGUGCAGCCUCCCCGACGGCGCCCAGUCUGUCGGGGACGAGCCGAGGAGCGUCCUGCUGCGCCUCUAUGGGGCCAUCCUGCAGAUGUCCUGUAAUAAAGGAGAUUCCCGACAGUCAAACAAAGAGAAUCAAUUCCAAGGGGCGGAGGCCAUGGUCUUGGAGAGUGUGAUGUUUGCCAUCUUGGCGGAGAGGGAGCUGGGACCUAAACUCUACGGUAUCUUCCCUCAGGGCCGACUGGAGCAGUACGUCCCUAGCCGUAAACUGGACACCUGUGAGCUGAGCGACCCCAGUAUCUCAGUGGAGGUUGCAGAGAAGAUGGCCAAGUUUCACAGGAUGAGGAUGCCCUUCAACAAGGAACCCAAGUGGCUGUUUGGAACCAUGGACAAGUACUUGAGCCAAGUCAUGAGGCUGAACUUCACCAGGGAGUCCCACCUGCGUCGCUUCAACCGUCUGCUCAGCUACAACCUCCCGCAGGAGAUGGAUAUGCUCAAGUCUCUGCUGGAUUCGACUCACUCUCCUGUCGUGUUCUGCCACAACGACUGCCAAGAAGGAAACAUUUUGCUGCUGAAGGGUCGUCAGAGCUCAGACAAACAGAAGCUGAUGCUUAUUGAUUUUGAGUACAGCAGCUACAAUUACAGAGGAUUCGAUAUUGGAAACCAUUUCUGCGAAUGGAUGUACGAUUACAACUGUGACGAGUUUCCCUUCUUCAAGGUCGACGCCCAGGCGUACCCUUCAAAGGCGCAGCAGCUCGUCUUCAUCGAAAGCUACCUGCGCGAGUUCGACACCGGGUUCGACAACCUGAGCGAGGAGGACCAGAUGAAAGUGAAGGAGGAUUUGUACGUGGAGGUCAACAGGUUCGCUCUGGCGUCACACUUCUUCUGGGGCUUGUGGUCCAUCAUCCAGGCCCGGCUCUCCACCAUCCAGUUUGGAUACCUGGAGUACGCCAAGGCCCGAUUUGACGCCUACUUCCAGCAGAAGAAGAUCUGGGCUGUCUAACGCUGCGAGAUGAUCGGAUUGGAUCAUCGCCACGUUCAGCCAAAACAGGCAGGAAGACGGAGGACGGCGACCACACAGGCUCCACGCUUUAAAACUUAAAACUCCCUGCCUCAAGAGGAUUCGCUGGCGACUGUUGGUUGUUGUGUUUACCAAAGGCCGAAACUUGAUCAUGUGGCUAUAGGUGCUUUAAAAGUACACGAUGCAUUUACAGCUCAACGUUUACACUGCGUAACUCCCCGAGAGCCAAAAAAAAAAAAAGAAACAUCUACUAACCUUCAUCAGGGGUCAGAGCUGCUCUCUGCUUCUGCCUUAUUCCAACCAUAUCACUAACGCGAGGAAGAGAAGGGCGGAUUUCGGUUACAGCUAGAUUGGAAAUUAACAUUGCAUCAAUGUUUAUGUAUUGAUCAUUCCCUUAUGGAAAUGCUCUGGUAGACCUCUCUUGGUAGAUUCCUGCUUACAGAAGCAGCCACUUGCUAACUAUGUAUAUUAUAUAUAGAUCUCAAUGUGCCAGUAACCUGGCCCUAUCUGUUACUGAUGGGCUGACUUGAUCGACAGGUCUACUGUAGAUAUUACAUACACACACAUUCACUUCAGGCCAGGGUGAAUACACUUUGUGUUUUCAAAUAUGUAAAUAGUUCUUUUUUUUGUUUGUUUUUCUGAAGACAUGAAAGUAUUUCAGUCACAAUCAGGUCCGGUUUCUUUGUGGCUUCCUUGCUAAUAAUGGUUACACCCAUCAGCUGUGAUUUUGCUCAAACUUUUGGUGACUUUUAUGGCAUUUAUGGUAGAGCCAACAUCUCCGCAUAGUUUGCAUUCCAGCCUGGGGAAUUGUUACUAAGCUCUCUGUCGCUGUUGCAGCUCUGUUAAAGGAGCGUUUCGUAAAAUGUGGCUUUUACUGUCUAGUCAACAAGUCCACUACUGAGAGCUGAGUCAUUGCUGUGAAUCACCCGCACUCAUAUUGGGGCUAUUGUCUGCUUAAAGUCUUACUUCAUGCACAUUUAACAGUGAAGCACUGUGACUUCCCACAUGGGUUCUACCUCGCCCCAUCAAGUCAUUACAAGUGCACCAAACACUUAAAAACUAUGUUGUUGUACACAAAUUCAUCAUAUGCUGCUGAGACAGCCUUUAUUUUUAGUUUAUCUUCUUUGCUGGAAACCAGCAUUAGCAUUACUUGUGCAUAUUCGACUUAAUUAGAAACACUUUCAAUGCUUGAAAUGUUUCCAACAUUGGACGGGUUGUGGCACCCAGUAAAGAGGAACAAACUAAAAUUGACCUUUUUCCCGCUACGCCUGUCAAGCUUUCGAAUGUCACGCCAACAGAUACGAAGUUUACGAUAGAACCACGGCCGGUUUAACACUUUUAUUUGUCCCCUUUGAAAAUAGGAUUCUCAUUUUCAGCCAAUGUCCAUUGAUUUUGUCGCUAGCAGAUCGUAUCAGCUGUUGUUAGCCAGCUAGCUAGCUAAAUAAGCUAACGUGUAGCGACAUUGUUCUUGGAUCGCAACCUAGAGCUAUUUGCCUAUAAGAUAAUGUAGCUGCUUGGUUUACAUAUAAGUAUAUUUGAAUGUAAGUUAGAGGUUAAACCUGUCCAAAAUCAAACAAAGCGUAGGACAGGGUCGCUAACGUUAGCCAAAACCCCGAUAGCAUCAAAGACUAGCUUCCACCUAGCCGUGAAUGUUAACGUAACCCCACAAACGAAUGUGUCGCCAGACGACAUCCUCUUCCGCCUGACAAAUAAAGCUCAGUUACCGGUGGUAAAUUAGGUGCUAAGCUAGUUAGCUCCACAUGCUAGCUACGUAUGUUUACGUCAGAGCAGACAAACACAGUUUAAUGUUGCGUUUGCUCUUUUGUUUCUAGUUCUUUGUCACCAAACUCUUUACGUGCUUUAAGUACGGAGAAAAUCCAAAGCUUGAUGGGUUUAGCGAAGGCGAUUUCAAAAGCUAAAUAUCUGCUGUACUCGGAUCUGUCACUACUUGUUUACCACAACACGUCUCGACGCGCAGCUUUAAAAACACUUAUUGCACUGUACAAUGUGACUGUGCUGCUACACGUAAAAGCUGUGCAAACACAACAAACGCUCAUUCCCACUUGUAGCGUUUUCAUUCAUCCCUGUUUAACCUCCGUGAGCAAGCCGGAUCUUUAGCCUGGAAGCCACCAAAAUGAAAAUUGUGACUCUCGCGAUGAUAUGGACCAGUCGUCUGAUAACUGGAAAUCCCGGAGAUGUUUGAAUGUCUGCUGUGGCACUUUUUGAUCUGAGGUCCGUGAUGAACCCUUAAAACCCCCCCAACAUUAUAUGUACUUCAGUAUUUACGUGUUUAAUCAUUCGGGGGUUGUUGAACUGUGACUCUUUUUAAGUUGUUUUAUUUUACAUGCAAGUGUAUUUUGUUGUUAUAGUUUUGAAUUUAUGUUGCAUUAAAAUGGAAGUAGGGAUGCACCUACAGUAUGUGCAAUGGAUUAUACUGAACGGCCAUUUAAAUUUGUGUUACUGGUGUUACCGGUGAGGCGAUACUUUAAAACAUUCUCACUUUCUCCUACCAAACUUUUGUUGUCUUUGGUUUUUGCCCUGGCAGUUCACAACAUUUUGUUUUAUAUAUAUAUAUAUAAUUGUUUUAAAAAUAAAAUGGACACCAUGAUCUGUAACUAAAGUACAUUCCAUAAUUGUCACUAGCAGUAUCAUGUACACGGACCAAAAGGUGAUCUGAUUGGUUCUUCAGUAGAGAACAAACAAACCCUCGCCAAUGUUUAGACCAUGUAUGUAACAAAAAUAAAGAGGGUGAAAAAAAAUUAUCCAAAUAUAAAGAAUGAUAAACUCGUAUCAUUCCUGAGAAUGUACAUUGUGUUGACGUCAUAAAUACGGCACUCAUAACCGCACAUCAUCAUGUGACUCACACCUUUGCUAUCUAUGCAGCUAUUACCGAAUGCAUAACGUACUCAUGAAAACAAUCUUUGUAAUUUAAAAUGUUUGGGGUGAACGGCUGCAGCAUGUAAAUUUACUUAAAUGCUUUGCCCAAAUAAAAAUUAAAGAGAAAAC